AUGGGAAGAUCCAGCACAUCUUGCUUCAAGAUCAUUACCUGUGGCAGUGACUCAGCCGAUAACGACGAUCUCGAUGCCCCUGAGAGCAAAAGUUCGGAUGACAAACGUGGAUGGAGUUUUCGGAAGAGAUCGGUGAGGCAUCGAGUACUGAGCAACACUGUGAUCUCAGAAACGCCUUCUGCAAAUAAGGAGAGUCCAGAAUCUGCUACUGUCUGCGUCCAAACACAAGCUAACUCUACUAUUGCAGAGAAAACCCCUGGAAUGCAAUGGGCAGAUGAGAAACCUCAGUCAAUGAACUUAAAAUCAUGUGAGACUAUAGCUGCUAUAGAGGAUGACAAUAAGGUUGAUGUCACCCCAGAUGAAUCUGUUAUCAUUGUCAUCCAGGCUGGUAUCAGGGGAUUCUUGCAGGCUCAGAGAGCAUUACUGAAGCAGAAGAAUAUAGUUAAGUUGCAAGCUGCUGUGAGAGGACAUUUGGUUCGGAGGCAUGCUGUGGGAACUCUACGUUGUAUUCAAGCCAUUGUCAAAAUGCAAGCUCUUGUUCGUGCACGUCAUGCUCGCCUCUCUAAAGAAAGGCCAAGCAUUGAAGAGAAGCUAAAUGAAAAGCAUGGGAUAGAUAAUCCCAGUUUAGAACUCUUGAAAAAGGAAAAGUCAAGAACUGAACUGCACUUAACAUACACUUCCAUUGAGAAGCUACUCAGCAAUAGGUUUGCUCGUCAGCUUCUGGAAUCAACACCAAGGGGUAAACCUAUAAACAUCAAAUGUGAUCCUUCAAAAUCUGAUUCGGCUUGGAAAUGGUUGGAACGGUGGAUGUCUGUUUCAUCAACGGGAAAUGAACAGUCACAGAAAUUACUGUCAAGUACAGAGCCACAGGAUCUGGAAAAGGUUGAGCAUUCUGAGUGUUUGGUUGAAAAUGUGGUUCCAUCUGAUAGUUGUUCCAAGUCCACAGAUUCAAAAUCCAAUAUAGAGGAAACAUCAGUGCCAUCUGACGGCAAAGAAAAUUUGAUAACUUAUGAUGCAGAUGACUUUUACUUCCAAGCAUGCCAAUCACCCUCAUCUUCCGUGAGUCAUAGCGCGGAGCAGCCUCAGACUGAGAGCACAGUCACGCCAAAUUCAAUGGAGAGCUCAUUAGAUGUGGUUCCUAGUCAACCUAAGCAAUCAGAUUCAAUUUGUGAGAUGGAGCUCAGUUCCCUUUCUAGUAAGCCUGAAAUGGAGAGUGAUCAAUCUGAACAUGCCAUGAAAAGGUUUGCCUCUGAACAACCUGAGAUUGAGGAAAAAAAGCUUGUGUUGGGAUCAAGAAAGGCAAGUAAUCCUGCAUUUAUAGCUGCUCAGUCAAAAUUUGAAGAGUUGAGUUCAGCAAUCAAUUCAACAAAAUCAAUCAGUACGUCAAAUCAGGAUCCUGGUGUUGAAUCUUUUGCAGAAUCUGUUUCUUCUGCCACAGAUAAUGCUUUAAGGACAAGGGAAAUUGGCCCAACUGAGAAUUCAGUUUCCCAUAUUUCGAGGGUUCGAGUUGGUGGCUCUGAGUGUGGUACUGAACUGUCUAUUUCUUCUACUCUUGAUUCUCCAGAUAGUUAUGAGGUGGGAGGUAUGGCUUUGCAGCAGGAAGCCAAUAUUUCAGAGGAUGGGGGAAACCAUAAUGGCACUAAAAGCGUAGAUAUUGAAGCCAAGGGAGAUUCUACCGUUCUUGGAACUGACUUAUCUAAUUCCAUCUCAGUUCAGCCAGAGAAAUGUGAUGAAGUCAAUAGUGCUAAUAAUGAACCUGUUAAUUCUUUAAUAGCUGAGGAUUCCUCCCUGGUAGAGCAGAACACAGAGAGAAAAGCAUCUGAUAUGCAGAUAGAGCUGGAAUUUGAGACAGGUCAUCAAGUAUACAAGUCAUCACCAGAAGCGUCUCCAAGAAGCCACUUAACUGUCCCUGAAUCUCAAGGAACACCUUCUAGUCAGGUAUCAGUGAAAACUAAGAAGCCCAAAAGUGAAAAAAGUGGAUCCAAACACAAACCUAUGUCUUUGCCUGCUGCUAAAAGUUCCUUUUCAAAUUCUAAUCACGAUUCUGGUGCAAGAAGUAGUUUGGAACAAUUACCUAAAGAUCAUAAAACUGGAAAGCGGCGUAAUUCUUUUGGUUCGGCAAGACCUGAUCAUGUUGAUCAGGAACCAAGAGAUAGUGCUGGCAGUGGUAUUUCUCUGCCGAAUUACAUGCAAGCAACAGAAUCUGCAAGAGCUAAAGCUUUUGCCAAUAGCUCUCCAAGAUCAAGUCCGGAUGUGCAAGACAAGGACAUUCACAUUAAAAAAAGACACUCCCUACCUGGUGCUAAUGGAAGGCAGGGAUCACCUCGGAUCCAACGGUCUCCAUCUCAGGCACAGCAGAGUGCAAAGGGAAAUGGCACCCAUCCUCAUGGUAUUUCGUAAUCCCCAUGCGUUUCUUUUCGGAUUGAAAGUUCUGCACUUAAAAUUGUUACAUCUUGGCUUAGGCCAAUAUCCUUAUAUCAAGAGGAGCUGUCCUGCAAUGCUUAAUUUUUGAUUUUGACCUGGUAGUAUUUACGCAAGCACAUGUAAUGCUGGCUAUAUGGCUAUGAAACUUGAUACCUUUUGAGUAAUCUUGGUCUAGUUGCCUUUUUCAUUUUCUGCAUCUGUCUUUCUAUAUAUCCUGCAUAGUGAUUUCCUUUUUAAACCCCAACUAGUGAGUGCCUCCAUCUUUUCAUAUUUUAAAUAGUUACUAACUUCUAUUCCAUCCUAAAGUACUUCAAUUCUAAGUCAGAAAGGAUCUUUUAUGUCAUAUAUUAUGGUUGUCAAUUAUUGAUGGUAUUCAUGUCCAAUUUCAUGCAUCGACUACCAUUGUAAUUUGCGGGAGAGUGUAAUAUGACGGAUUGCCUGUUUUGAUGUCUGAUUUCUUCCAGAGACCUGUUUAACCAGUCCCCGCCUAUGGUUUGUAGCUUACUAUAGUUUCCUGUAUCUACCCAAUAAUCUUUAUGAAUAAGGUCCCUAAAUCUACAUUUAGUUCCCUGUAGCAUUCAGAUGUGUUUAAAAUGUUGUGUGUUGUGCCCAAAAUGGUCAUUUUCGGCUUAUAUUGACCCCUUCUUUUAACUUUGGCAGUAUUAUCUUUAUCCUUAUGUUUCUUGUCAGCUAUAUAAGUAGUUUUGGCACAUCUUUUGUCACUCACUACCUGAAUGGUGCUCAUUUCAGAGAGAAAGUGGCAGAGGUAAAUACUCUUGAAGACACAGAGCCAACAACUUUGUUUGAUUAGAUGAGCAUUUGGAGUUGGUUGUGCCAAUCUUCUUGGUGGGUAGCCAUAUUGUGUUGAUUCUUGGCAUUCUUCAUCUUUGAUAUUUGCAUAAGGAAAGCAGUGCACUGGAUUUGUAUUUGUUAAGAGGGAAUAUGUAGAGAAUAGAGCGAGAUAUUAUGUAAAUGACUGUCAGUACUAUGCCUAUCCUUUGUAUUUUCUUGAAGGUUUCCGCUUCAGAGGAUUGCUCGUGUGCUUGUUUAAGAGUAUUAUGUCUUGUGACAUUAUCAGAAGGUGCUGGUUAAUAAUACCAAGUUUGGACAUCAAUUAUAUAUGAUACAUGGUUUUUCCUAGAUCUGUAUCACUUUCUGUUGUUUUCAACUGUUUCUAUAUCCC